AAAGUGCAAUUUCGGGAUUAAAUACGAGGGUAAAUGAACGUCACGGGCUGCAGGCAGUACACCGCCAUUGUACUGCUGCAGAAUUUGCUGCUUUUCUUCGACGUUUGUGUCAACUCGUUCUCGGGUUUCGCUCGGAGCCGCCCGGUUGAGCUGCUCUCCCUUUAUGUAAUUCAAGAUUUCUGCUUGAUUGUGUCCCUCACAAUUCUCCUCGUUAACUUCUUUGGAACUUAUAUUUUCCAGGCAGGAUUGAUCCAGCUGUUGUACUUUCGUUUUCGAACAACCCUCAUUUUAUGUGUCAUCUACAUCAUUUUAAAUAUUAGUCUUCACAUAUGGCAUAUGACGCUUCAUUGGCAUCAACCACUUGUCCAUUACUGGACAAAGGGCUUUCAUGCACUGUAUGCGGUUCACAGAACAGUUGCAGUUCUGUACUAUUAUUUCUACAAACGAGCUGCCUUCAAAAUCGGAGAUCCACGAUUCUACGAGGGGUCCAGAUGGGUGGAAAAGCAAUUAAAUUUCGCAUGAAUAUUUGUACUAAUUGUUUUAAUCCUAUAUUAAAAUAUGCAAUAUAAAACACAAAGGAUGAAGCUAAAAAUGCUGGAAACGAAUAUAAUAUCUCAUUUAUACAUGACCCAACCGUUAA